AUGAGAGUGAAAGUUUUAAAUAUUGAAAGUGGAGAGAUAGAAGGAUCUUCGAAUAGUGAAGAGGAAAACUUCUUGAAAGUGUGCCGUAACAAAAAAAGGAUGCGUAUUCUUUUUAAUUCUAACUCUGAAGAUGAGAGGAUGAGUAUUCCAAGCACAUUCAAAAAUGUAAUGAGUGAAAUUGAAAUUGCAGUUGACGGGUCACAAUGGAUAAAACUGAAAGCUGUCGGAUUUGAGGGUAGGACGUCCGUUCGUAUCAUAUUCAAGGAUAUCGCAGGGCCUACUGGCUACGCCAAGAAAAAUAUUACGUUGGGUUGUGUAACUAGUGCUUUCGAAUUAAUAAUUGACAGACACAUAAUAGAACACAUAAAAGAUUGCACUGAAACGGAGACACAUUGA